AUGAGUACGGAGUUCACAGCUUUUAAGUUUGAAGGUCCAGCUGGUGUGUGGUGGAAGUGGAUCCGGCGAAUGCGUGAUGUAGAGGGGAUGACUUGGGAACAAUUCAAAGUGCUCUUUAAUGAGCACUUCUUUCCUCCAAGUUAUCGAGAUGAGAAGGCCAUGGAAUUCAUGGGCCUACAGCAAGGAGACAUGACAGUGAGGGACUAUAAAGCUAAGUUCAAUGAGUUAUCCCGUUUUGCUCCUUCCUUGACUGAGUCGGAACACAUGAAGUGCCUUAAGUUUGAGAGAGGUCUUAAAGGUGUAUUCUGGAAAUCAGUGUUGGCCUUAAGGCAUCGAGUCUACAGUGACUUAGUUGCAACGGCCAUCUGUGUCGAACAGGAGCACAUUACUUUCCUCCAAAGUUGA